GUGUGACAAGAGUUUGCUGUUGACAUAUGGCCUUAUACACCAGUGCCAACAGGUGCGCCAGGUUUGCACUGGUCACCGCUUGGAACUCUGGGAUUUGGAGUUCCUUUGGGUAAUAGUACAUUUUAGUUGUCGCCCCCUGCUGGCAGCUGGUAGUACAGGCUGUCCCCUUACAGGCCCAGGCCACACUGCAGGCAGGAGGGAGGGAGGAGGCGGAGCCUGAGAGAGGGUAACACCGCCCUUCUCCAAUCCCAGAGGAGCUGCCCUAACAGUGGCACUCAUCCUCCUCUCCUCAGACAGAUCUGCUACCUGCAAUCGACACACAAAAACAUAUAUCAGUACAUAUACAGGUACAUAUAUACUGUACAUGGCAGGAGAGACAACACAUGACUCUACUCAUGCAGUACAACUCAUCGAAUGCUCCAUUACUGAAUCAUUACUGGAUGUGGACGAGUCUUCAGAGGAGAUAAAAACCUGUGAAACACCAAAGGAUGAAACAAUAGAGCAAGAGAACCAAUCAGAAAUAGAUAUCAAUAUCAACAAUACAGACAACAUCCUUGCUUUAAAAGAGCCUGAAGAGGUCGCCAUAUUGGAAGAACUUCAAAAUGAGGUUGGCAACUUCAGAAAUGAUCCAGAUAAAACAGAUAAGAGACAAGAUACUACAGAAACUAUGAGGACUCAGGGUGAAGAUGCUACAUCUACAAAAGACAAAGAUGCUGAGGAAGACAAUGCAAGGCAAGAGGAAGAGGUUGACGGUUUCUUGAAGAAUGGGAAAGUCAUUGUUGCCCAAAAAGCCAAGAAAAACAAUGCUAUGGUCAACCAGAAGAGAAACAAUGACUCCAACAGCUCUAAAGAAGAUGGAACUAUUGGUUUUCCAAAGGAUGAAGCUGUAGAUAUUACUGCAGAUGAUGGAAUCAAAGUUUUUGAAGUAGAUACAAAGGAACAGAGGGAUUUCUUUGAUCAGAUGGAAGCUUUGGAGCCUUGUGGAAACUUCUCAUUACAUGAAGUUGCCGAAGAGCAUGAUGGGAAAGAUGGGGUCACUGUGGAAGACAAUGCAAGGCAAGAGGAAGAGGUUGAUGAUUCCUCAGAGAAGGAAAAAGUCAUUGUUGCCCAGAAAGCCAAGAAAAACCAUGAUAAGGUCAACCAGAAGAAGGACAAUGGCUCCAAAAGCUUCAAUGAAGGUGGAACUAUUGGUAUUCCAAUUAAUGUAGGUGUAGAUGUUAAAGCAGAUGAUGGAAUCAAAGUUUUUGAAGUAGAUACAAUGGAUCGAAUGGAUUCCUUUGAUCAAAUUGAGACUGUUGAAUCUUGUGAAAGUCCCUCAUUAAAUAAAACUGCCGAAGAGCAUGAUGGGAGAGAUGGUGCCACUGUGGAAGUCAAUGCAAGGCAAGAAGACAUAGCUGAAAGUUCCUUGAAGAACGGGAAAGUCAUUGUUGCCCAAAAAGCCAAGAAAAACAAUGGUAUGGUCAACCAGAAGAGGAACAAUGACUCCAACAGCUUCGAUGAAGAGGGAACUGUUGGUAUUCCAAAGGAUGUAGGUGUAGAUAUUACUGCAGAUGAUAAAAUCCAGAUUUUUGAAGUAGAUACAAAGGAACGAAGGGAUUCCUUUGAUCAAAUUGAGACUGUUGAAACUUGUGGAAGCGCCUCAUUACAUAAAACUGCCGAAGAGCAUGAUGGGAAAGAUGGUGCCACUGUGGAAGACAAUGCAAGGCAAGAGGAAGGCGUUGACGAUUCCUCAGAGAAGGAAAAAAUAAUUGUUGCCCAAAAAGCCAAGAAAAACAAUGAUAUGGUCAACCAGAAAAAGAACAAUGACUCCAACAGCUUCGAUGAAGAGGGAACUGUUGGUAUUCCAAAGGAUGAAGCUGUAGAUAUUACUGCAGUAGAUGAAAUUAUGAUUUUCUGCUCACAGAAGAAGAAAACCAUCAUUGCCCAAAAAGUAGAGGAGAGCAACAAUUCUGAAGUCAUCAAUAAGUGGAACGAGAAGUCUGUAGGCCUUAUUGGAGAUGGAUCUAUAGUUAUUGCAAAGGAUGACGAUGAUAUUGAUAUAGAUAGUGCUGCAGAUGAUGACACCAACGUUUUUGAAGUAGAUACGAAGAAAGGAAGGGAUUCCUUUGAUCAAAUUGAAGAGAGCCUUGUAGAGCCUUGUGGAAACCCCUCAUUACAUGAUGCAAAUGGUACAUUUGCCAUUUCUGAUCAAGAUCAAGAAGCUCAAGAUGUCUAUUUUUCAAUGGUUAUCACUAACGGUGAUCCCUCCAGCCCUCAUGCAAAGGAUGCAAUUGCAGAAAACAUUCAGAAGGGCGAGCUGUUGCUCUAUCGCUUGCACCUCGUGCAGCAGAAUCAGGAAUUGCAACAGGUGUCAGACGGUCCAUCAGCAUCAAACACUGCUGCCAUGGCGACGACUAAUAUUACAGUGAACAGUGUUACCUUGAGACCAGGUACCGAGGGGGAGGAUGAUGACUUGCCUUGUGAGGUGGACAUCAUACAUAAGAACGAGGAUCAAGAGGAAGUAGUGGGCACUACUUCAGCAGGUAUUGGAGAAGAUAACCAGGUCGUAAUGGGUAAGGAGAAUAUUUGGAGGCCUCUAGAGGAGACCCCCAUACAGAGGGAGAUCAGACACGGUUUAGAGCGGGAGAAGAGCUUGCGUCGGUCCAGAGGCCUCGACGACUUGGAGAACAAGUCUGAGGAACUGGUGGAAAUCCCAGUGAUGAGAUCUCCUGAGGUCUUCGGAGACCAGUCCUCAGGUACAAACGUAGGCUUGAAUGUUGAAAGACGACUCGCCAAAAGAAAAAUGCUGCAGGACAUCAAUCAGGAGGCCAUGAAGGAGCAGGGCGUGAAGAAACUGGGGAAGAUUCCUGGACUGUAUGAAGAGGGAUAUGCCCAGGAACUGAAGGAAAGGAGGAUGCUGUUUGAGUCUUUUCACCAGUCCAAAAAAACGGAUGUACAAGUUUCUUCCAAGGGCAGGAAACUGUUUUCGUCCUCGUUCACUGCCAAAAAUGCUGACACCCCAUUGGUGCAAAGCCUGGAACGUACCCGCAGUUUGGAUUUCUUUACAAACCACCAUUUGAAAGACUCUACAUGUCCAUCAGCUGGGAGAGAGUCUCACAAAAAUGACACUGACAGUCACAAAGAAUGUCAAAUUAAAUAUUUAGAGGAUGAUGCCACUUCAGCAUCCUCUAAUGAAACACAUUCAGUUCAGAAAUCACUACGUCCCUCUAUAAGCUCCAGUUCUCUAGACUGCAGUUCUUGGACGAUGCUCUCAGUACAAGAUAACAGAAAGGAGGAUGAGGAAGGUUCGGUUCUAAAAGGAAAGAACCCAUUCUUUAAGCUCCGCCCCUCUCUGUCUCUGAGACCCGACGUGGAGAAGGAGAUAAAGGAGGCGAUGGAGCGAGAGCAGGAACUCAGGAGGCUGAGGAGUCGACUCUACGGUGACCAGUGGAACAGAUCAGGAGACCAACAGGAAGAAGGAAGUACCAAGAGUUCCUGUCCAGAGGCUGCUUCCACAGUGUCCUCAGAUCAUGUGUACAGGGGCAAGUUGACGCUCAUCUGGCCUCCGCCUCACUCUAAAGUAGACGAGGAUCCUGGACCUCCAAAGCCGAUUGGACAGAGAUCUACUCUUCAGCACCACUGGGAAUCAGGCAUGCAGUAGCACCAUGGCAGCAGUUCCAUAAACUCUGGACUUUUUAGACACCAUUCAUUCAAAUGCUUCUCAGAAGAGCACACUAUUGGAUAAAUACAUCUCUGAAAAAAUAAGAGAGCACUUAAAAUUAUGAUUUUCUUUGAUUUUACCAAAUUGAAAUCCUCUGGAAUGUAAUCAAGAUGAAGAUGGAUGAUCACAAGCCAUCAAACCACCAAACUGAACUGCUUGAAUUUUUAGCAUAAAGCAUAAAGUUAUCCAAAAGCAGUGUGCAAGACUGGUGGAGGAGAACAUGCCAAUAUGCACGAAAACUGAUUAAAAAACCAAAUACUGAUUUCGGAACUCUUAAAUCUUUAUGAAUAUGAACUUGUUUUCUUUGCAUUAUUUGAGGUCUGAAAGAUCUGCAUCUUUUUUUGUUAUUUCAGUCAUUUCUCACUUUCUGUAAAUAAAUGCUCUAAAUUAUAAUAUUUUUAUUUGGAAUUUGGGAGAAAUGUUGUCUGUAGUUUAUAGAAUAAAACAACAAUGUUCAUUCUAUUCUACUCAAACAAAAACCUAUAAAUAGCAAAAUCAGAGAAACUGAUUCAGAAACUGAAGUGGUCUCUUAUUUUUUUCCAGAGCUGUAUAUUAAUAUACCAAAGAGAAAAGAUCUGUGAAGCUUCUACAGAAACGUAAAGAUUCUCCACGGUUUAUUUAUUACUGACAGCAGUUUAAAGGUCAAGGUGCUGCACCACAUUCUGGAAUUUAUACAAUGAAAUUGUAUAGGAAUUUUCUAUAGAAAAUACAGAAGAUAUUUCUCAUAUAUGAUGAUAAUUUUAUUAUCUAAAAGAUUAUAAACUCUUCUGAGAUGAAAUGAGGUAAACAAUUGAACUUUUCUGACUGUAAAGAGACUUUGGCUAUUUCCUUCACUUAUUUUUAGGUAAACUUUUUAAAGUGACAAAAUAUGAGAAUAUGGGAUGAAUAUGAGAAGCAAAUAAACUAGGGAUGCACAAAAAUAUUUGGCAACCAAAAUGCUUCACCUGCAAAUGGCUAAAAAUGUGAAAAGUUAUAUGUGAUUACCCACAUAAAAAACAUUAUGCAUGUAUAACCUUACUUUAUCACAGCAUUAAUGUAUAUUAUCAGUUUGUUUUACAGUUUUAUGUAAGUGAAUGUAAAAUGAUAUGAGGUUCAGAUGCAGCUAAAGGUACCUGUUUUGAGUGUAAAUGAUACCCACUCAUCUUCAUACAGUGCAGUAACCCUAAUUACCUCUUAAUGCCCAGGAGAGUCUGCAGCUCCACAGAUCACGGCCUGUCUGCCAUAUGUCCUGGUGAAGGGUUAAAUAUCUUUCAGACCAGGACAAGAAGUCUUGAGAGCAGCUACAAUAUGUUACCACUGAUCAUUGGUGUAGUAAUCGGGGGUAGAUAGGUAAAUUUGUACCCCCCAAAAAGGAUACUGCAGAAAAAGCAGAAACUGUUUUAAAAUAAACUUUUAUUUUGAAAGCA